UAAAAAGGCAUGGGACAGGAUAUCUCCAAUCGUGUGGUGUUGGCGACGUUUAUGGGUAUGGCCCUGUGCAACGUCGUGCAAGUGCAUGGUGCGCCGACCGCGUGGACCAAGCGGUCCAAAAAGGGCAAGCGGGCGAUCUGAUUCCCUUCCCUCCAGGAAUCCCCUACCCAAUCCUCCAGUUGCGCCCGUCGUCCGGGACCGGGGCGGAGAAGCAGCAGAGGACUCGACUCGAGCACGAGCACGAGCGCCAGCCCGCCCCGCCAGCUGCUGCAUGCUGAUCCAUUCAACAGCUGCCGCGGCCGGCGCCCGCUCUCUCUUCACGGCUCCCUCUCCCUACAACUAGUAGGGGCGGGGGGGGCCGGAGCCGGACCCUCCUUCCUCCUCCCCCGACCCCCCUGGCCCCUUGCCAAUCUGCCAUGCGGCGGCACCUUUCCGGAUUAACUGCACCACCACCACCACCACCAGCAGCAGGCCACAUCGCCGUCGGCCACCACACGAUGCGCACGCACGCCGCCAUAUAAUACUACUGCUCCAACUAAACUACACGGCGUUCGCCGUGCGACCGCAAGCAACGACGCGCCUACUACUAUACUACCGCUCCCCCUACCGCCAUGGCUGCACCCGCCGCGGCCAAGCGCCCGUACUGGCAGGCCCCAACCGCCGCCGUUGCCGCGCCAGCAGCUGAGCCCAACAAGCGGCACCGCACGGCCGCGGCGCCCAUGGACCCGGAGCCGGACCAAGACCAAGACCAGGAGGACCAGCCCCUGCUCCCGGGCCUGCCGGACCACCUCGCCCAGCUCUGCCUGGCCCCGCUCCCGCCCCGGCUCCUACACGCCGUCUGCCGCCCCUGGCGCCGCCUCCUCUACACGCCCUCCUUCCCGCCGUUCCUCUCGCUCUACGCGGUCCUUGACGACGCCGCCGCCUCCUCCUCCGGCACCGGCGGUGGCGCCUCGUUCGCGGCCUACGACGCAGUGGCGGGGCGGUGGGACGACCUACCGCCGCCGCCGAUGCCGUCUUCGCCACCGAGGCUAUGGCACCAGUCCUUCCUCUCCCGCCGUCUCCCGCUCCAGUCCGUGGCCGCCGGAGGCCGCCUCGUCCUCGUGGCGGGGUCCACGCGGUCGCUGGCCCCGGCGCUACCCCGCCCCGUGGUGUUCGACCCGUCCGCGCGCGCGUGGCGGCUCGGCCCGCGGUUCCCGUUCGCGCCGCGCCGGUGGUGCGCGGCGGGCGCGGCACGCGGGCGCGUGUUCGUCGCCGGAGGCGUCGGCGCUGGCUACGACCCUAGCGACGCCCGGUCCGGCGCCACGUGGGAUCCCACGGCGGCGGGGUGGGAGCCGAUCCCGCCCAUGCGGGACGCGCGGUUCAGCCGCGACGCCGCGGAGGCGGUGUGCGCCGCGGGGAAGGUGUGCAUGGUCAGCCUCCGUGGCCGCGGCGCCAAGGAAGGCGCGGUGUUCGACCUGCGCGCCGCGAGGUGGGAGGACAUGCCGCCCGGGAUGCUCGCGGGAUGGAAGGGCCCGGCGGUGGCUGCCGACGACGAGACGACCAUCUUCGUGGUGGACGAGGAGCGCGGGGCGCUGAGCGCGUACGACUGGGGAAGGGACCGGUGGCGGACGGUGGUGGAGUCGGAGCGGCUCAAGGGCGCCGCCGAGAUGGCGUCGGGCGGGGGCCGGGUGUGCGUGGCGGCCCAGGGCGGCGAGAAGGUCCUCGUGGUCGACGUCGCACCCUGCCGGCCGACAACGUCGACGCCGCCCUCACGACGGUGGGGUGCCCCCGUUGCUGCUGCGCCCCGGCCCUGGCCUCGGCCCCGCGUGUGGGAGGUGGCUGCGCCGCCCGGGAAGCAGGUGGUGGCGCUGCACGUGCUUCCACGGAUGCCGCGCGCGGAGUAGCAGCAGCGACAGCGAGCAGCUUCCCGCCACGUCGGUGUGGAUUGCAUGGUCGUUGGAUUCGCUACACGUGCUUCUGCUGCUGCUCGUCAUCCCACUCCAACUUUCAACCUCUGUUGAGAUUUCCAUUUCGUACCGGAGUUUGUGUUGGAUUAUUCCAUUCCAUUGAGAGAUUGUAGACACCACAAAUGAAAUACGGCAGAGUUGCAAUGUUUGUUCCUGGCACGGCAGAUUCGUGGUGCAUGCAGUGGGAGACACGAGCGCGAAAGCUAGA